GUGAGUGUGGUGAGAGCUGUCAGUCAGGGAGUGAGUGUGAGCCAGGGAGACACUGCAAGGGACGUGUCUUCCCCCCCCUACAAGGAAUGUUUUCGAGCAGGCAGUCUUUUGUCAUACACAAUCCGUCCUCAGCCCGAACAUGUCACAGACCUUCAUGACUUCAUAAGAUCAAUCCUGUAUAAAUUAUAAAAAAAAAAAAAAAAAAUUAAUCAACUCUGAUUAAAACAAAAAAAAUCGCAAAAUCUCUAGAAAAAGAAACAAGGAAACCAAAAUAAACAUUUUUAAAAAAGCAACUUGGAAAAGUAAAGAAGGAAAAAAAAUAAACUAAAGCCAAAUUUCUUAGGAGUUCCAUAUUGGGGCCCCUGAAUUCGGUGACCUGGGAGCCCAGACAGCCUCCAUGCAUACCCACUAUACCAGGAUCAACAUGAAGCCGGAGAUCAUCGCAGCCGUGGGCUUUCUCUCCAAAUUCCUGAGGACCAAGGGUCUGAUGAACGACCAGGAAUUGCAGACCUUCAGCUUGUCCCUACAGGAGCUGCUGGCAGAUCAUUAUCGACAUCACUGGUUCCCAGAAAAGCCCACAAGGGGGUCGGCCUACCGCUGUAUUCGGAUUAAUCACAAGAUGGAUCCUUUGAUUGGGCAAGCAGCAGAUCGCAUUGGACUGAACAGCCAGCAAAUGUUUAAGCUUCUGCCAAGUGAACUCACCUUAUGGAUUGAUCCCUAUGAAGUGUCUUAUCGAAUUGGCGAGGAUGGUUCCAUAUGUGUUCUGUAUGAAUCUGUACCAGCUGGGGUUAGCAGUCAAAAUGGCUGCAGCUCUCUUGUUGACAGCAGGAUUAGCUGUAAAGAUGAACUUUUACUGGGCCGUACCAGCCCAUCCAAAACCUACAAUAUGAUGACUGUAUCUGGUUAAGAUAUGGUCGAUAGUUGGAUCAUCUUGUAACAGAUGGAAAAUAUUGUCUUUAAUUCGAGAGGGCUCCUAUGGGGAUGGAUUGUGAAUUUUAAACAAUGUCACAGCUGUGAAGAUUGGGCACAAAAUAGUGGUAGUACAUAUUAAAGUGAUAGUGCCGUAGUUUUGACAGUACCUUUCCUUACUUAAAUAGUCUGUAUUUAGGAGGAUUUUAUGACCAAACAUUUUAUAAAGGCUGUUUACAGUCUCAAAGUGUUUGCCAUUAGACACAUUUAGUGUUUUUAUCUGUAUUAAUCUUUGAAUCCAAAGCUCCAAUGUUUUUAUAAAGUUAUUUCACUCUCAGCAGACUGUCCUGCAGAGUACAACUUGCACUAAUGAACUCAAAAUCUAAUUUUUUUUUUUUUUUUUCUGGCAGCUCAGUAGCAAAGUGUGAACAGUUUGAAAUAUGAAAUAUACUGGAAUUGUAAAUGACAGACAACUUGCACUGAAAUAUGUAUAGAUGUGUAUAUAUAAAAGAUGUGAGAAUAUUUCAAGUCUGCUAAACAUACUUGAGGAUCCUACAUAUUGUGAUAUGAACUUGAAAGACCAUAUAUAAAUUCUACCAUAACCACAGACUGUAAAAUUAAAAGCGAAAGAUACUGUCUAAACUACUGCAUUCUCACCUGCCAGCUUAUCUGUACAUUUAUUAGCUUGUUAGUUUUCUAAGACGGAGUAAACUUCUUAUUUUUAGAAAGUGGAGUUCUGCUUUGUAAUUUCUUGUACUUAAUUGGGUAAAAAGUCUUUUUUUUUUUUUGUUUUGGUUUUUUUUUUCCCACAAACCAUCUAUUUUGUGAACUUUGUUAGUCCUCUUUUAUUUGAUAAAUUAUGAACUGAUGUAAAUUUGUACAGUUCAUGUAUAUUGAUUGUGGCAAAGAUGUACAGAUUUCUAUAUUUUGAAUGAGAAAAUUUUCUUCUCUAUAAUAAAUUUGUUUCUUAUCUCAGCAUUUUAAA